AUGCGCACACACCUCUUCCUCUGCAGCCUGGAGCGCCUCUGCUGGCGGGAGAAGGAAGUGGGAUUUGAUUUGGGGGAGGGGCUUGACCUGCAGAGUCCUACCCACCUAGGGGAGGGGGCGGGGCCAAAGACUGACGAUCUCGACCUAAGCUUUCUCCCAGAUGAACUCAGCCAAGAGGGCCCGUCUCAGUCCUCAGUCCUCGAUGUGUCUGGUGACAGUGGAGUCGUCUCAGACUUUGUUUCCCAGGAUGCCCCAAGGGAGUUGCCCACAGCGACGCCGGGGCAGGGGCCAUCUGUGUUUGGCUCCUCCUCCUUCUGCCCCAUGACCCCCAUGACCCCCAUGACCCCUGUGACGGAGAAGUCUGGCAUCAUCCCACAGCUACAAAACAUAGUGUCCACAGUGAACCUGGGCUGUCCUCUGGAUCUGAAGUACAUUGCCCUGCAGGCGAGGAACGCAGAGUACAACCCCAAGAGGUUUGCUGCUGUCAUCAUGAGGAUCCGUGAGCCCAGAACCACAGCUCUGAUCUUCAGUUCCGGGAAGAUGGUCUGCACUGGAGCCAAGAGUGAGGAACAGUCCCGUCUCGCAGCUCGUAAAUAUGCUCGUGUGGUGCAGAAGUUGGGGUUUCCCGCUCGGUUCAUGGACUUUAAGAUCCAGAACAUGGUGGCGUCAUGUGACGUGUGCUUCCCCAUCAGACUGGAGGGCCUGGUUCUGACGCACCAGCAGUUCAGCAGUUACGAGCCGGAACUGUUCCCAGGACUGAUUUACCGCAUGGUGAAGCCGCGCAUCGUUCUGCUGAUCUUUGUGUCGGGGAAAGUGGUUCUCACAGGAGCAAAGGAGCGAGAGGAGAUCUAUGAGGCCUUUGAGAACAUAUACCCCAUCCUCCGUGGUUUCAGAAAGCAGUGA